AUGGUUUGGGGUGCAAUUGCGGGGUUCCUUAGUUACCAGGUCCUGGGUGCACUGUGGCACGCACCCUUCCUGUUCGGGGGUCCGUGGAUGAAGGCAACCUUUCCAGGGAAGACGCCACAGCAGAUAUCACAGAUGGGUUUCGGCAUCGCUUACACCUUCACGCUGGUUUCUUCGGCAACAUUGGCGUUGCUCCUUCAGUUCAUUCUCACCACAUUCCUGAAGGUGACAUCGGUCGAGGUUGCCUUGAAGACUGGUCUUGGCCUCGCCGCUCUGCUGACCCUGGCCGAUCUCUCUCACGUCUGCUUUUCCAAGCGGUCGAUGCUGGCGUAUGUUAUUGACCGUGCUUACGAUGCCCUUUGCCUUGCCAUCACAAGUGCAUUCAUUGUCUACUUUCAGUAGAUCAUAGAUCAGUAUAUGGGUGUCAAAUUCAGAUUUCAACGAAA